AUGGGGACUCCCAUAGGGGCCCCUGUGGGGGCCCCCCUGGGGGCCCCCGGGGGGCCCCACACCUCCAGCUCUUACGAGGCUGCCCAGCAGGGGCCCCUCUACGGGCAGUUCCCUGCUGCCGAGGGUCCCUCGGGGUCUUAUGGGGCCCCCUUUGGUUCAUUUCCGGGUUCGGGGGGCCCCCCUGAGGGGCCCUAUGGGGGCCCCCCUUAUGGGUACGCGGCCUCGCUCCCGCCGUACCCUGUGUACCCCGCGGGGGGCCCCCCCUACCCGGGGGCCCCCCUGCAGGGCAUAGGGUACUACCCGUCCCCGGCGGCAGUGGGGGCCCCCUACGGUGUGGGGGCCCCCUACGGGUCGGGGUUCCCGGGGGCCCCGGCGGGGUGGGGGCCCCCCAGCAAGAGCAGCAGAGAGGCUGGAGAAUUGAAUGGAACUGGAAUUUAA